AGGAGUGGACAUUCUUAAGCAUUUGAGAGGAUAGCUGGAAUUUCCUCAAGCGUCUGAGGUAAACCAGUCCCCAGCGAGUCAGUGGAUUUGAAGGGGGGCUUUCUUCUUUCUUCCCCAAGGCCACGAUCAGCUCCUUAGUCUUGUGGACGUUUUGGACUAUGUUGCUGUUCUACUUCUUUCAGCUUGGCCUAGCAAUCUGUGAUCAGGACCACCACAGCUGUGUCAUCUGUGUCCUCUUGAUGGUUUUGUUGGAGUCGAAAGUGGCUACAUGGCUAACAAAAACCACUAAGCUCAGAUUUUGUACUUCCAAGUUGAAAUGAAACGCACCUUUACCUCCCUUCAGUCUCUCAGUCUUGUGAGGUGACUGCUAUCUCCCACCUCUCUCCGGUUUCUAGCCUUCUGACAGUGUCAAUAAUUGUAGGCCUUUCAGUUGUCUGAGGUCUGAGUGUCGGCUCUCAUCUAUUUGUCCUCACCUUUUUCACUUCUUCCCCUGACGGAGUUGUAUCUCCGAAACUGAUGUUGUGUCAUUUCUGUCCAAACAGCUACCACACGAAAACAGGAUGUGGGUGUAAUUACACAUUAGCUGGAUGAUUGAUUGAUAGAGGUUGGUCCUGUUGGUGAAAGGUGUCUGGGAUAAGUAGUUCAUUAUAGAUUGCUCUGUAGGCUUUGUGGAGCCCAUCUGCCUUCCAAACCAUGGGGAGGAGUUUGAGGAGGGCACCAUGUGCUGGAUCUCUGGAUGGGGAGCCACUGAGGAUGAAGGAGAGACCAGUGUGGUUCUGCGUUCUGCCAUGGUGCCGCUGCUCUCCACGAAGACCUGCAACCAGCCGGAGGUUUACCAGGGCUUCAUCUCCUCCUGGAUGCUGUGUGCAGGAUACCUGGAGGGAGGAACUGACUCCUGCCAGGGCGACAGUGGAGGUCCUCUGGCCUGUCAGGACUCUGUAUGGAAGCUGGUUGGUGCAACCAGCUGGGGGAUUGGAUGCGCUAUGAGGAACAAACCGGGCGUUUACACCAGCAUCACACAGUCGCUCAGCUGGAUCCGCCAACAGAUGGAGAGAGAAGAGGAUUCUAACUCUCCAGCUCUGAGCACAGACAACUGAAGCACCAUGUGAUUACUCAGUUUGGAUGAUUCCAAAUGACAGGACUACAGAGAUAAACAAUGACAGCAGAAUGGCAGAGGGUUUAAUCCGCACAUACCCUGUGUGGAGGCAACGUUUAAGGAACAGAGAGACGGGGAACAGCAGAGAGUUAGGCAUCGUUUAUUCCAAAAUAGAAAGCUCUAAGGCAAAACAGACAAGAGAAAAGUGAACAACGCUUCAUAAAAAGCAAGUGAGGAACCGAGAGCUCGACGAGAGCCCACCCAGUGUCCCCCCACCCUCAGCUGCACCAAUAACCAUUCCAGGCCUCAACUUUACAAGAGGAAAUGAACCAGAUACUGCAGCUAUUGACAGACAAUUGUUGUACAGAUUUUCAAACAAGAGGCACCCUAUUUGUGAAGUAAUAUCAACAUAUUGAUAGAGAUGUGGAGCCCUCUGCCACUACAUUUGAUUGUAGUGGCAGAGGGCCACAGCAUCCCUCAGGCCGGCGCUCAACUUAACACCUGCUCUGUUUUCAGCACAGCAUCUACAUGUACAUAAAUAAAAGUUUAACGCGUGCAAAAAGUCCACUGCUUCUUGUCGAUGGAGCUCAGACCUCACUGUGGUUACUCAGACCCUUGUGAUUGUGUGGUUAGCAUAGUGUUCUGGAUUGUGCAUUUUAGAAAGUUUGCUACUACUGUCAAAUGAUUAAAAGACAUAACGUAUGUUAUACACAAUGAGGGAAAAAGUGUAUGCAAGAAAUCUGAGCACUGCUAUCGAGUUACUGUGAAAGAUUACUUCACAUAACAUGGAUGUUGCAGUACGCAAAGUAACAUUAUUAACAAUGCUUUACAGAACCACACACAUGGACUGCAGUUUAGUGUCCUUUUGACCAAUUUCACCAAGGGUCAGACUUUGUUUUUGUGCUUCUUGGCAAUCAUUCUUUAAAAAAAGAACACAGGUAAGGCCAUGUUAGUAUUGUAAGUUUAAAACCAAUUUAAAUAGUCAUUUUCAUCAGGAUUCAAUUCCUUUGUUUUUUUUUAGAAAACUU